AUGUCUGGCCGGACACAGGACGACAAGGAUUCAAGCGAGCAGGCGGCGACAUCGCUACCUACUCCUGAGGAUACUCCAGCUGGGAAGGCCAACAUGUCGCGCAGGUCAAUGACGCCUCCUCCCAAGGGGCCUUCGCCGCCGCCGAUGCACAGCGAACGGAAGGAGCGGAUGGCCAAGCGGGCAUCUCGGGACAUCACUACGGACGAGACCGUCAGCAUCCUCGAUCCUCGAAGAUUCACGCCUACACUACAUGCGAACCUGGUAUCGGAGAUCCUGGCGCUGCGGAGAGACCAGGAGGAGAAGACCAAGGUGAUCGAGAGCCUGGAGGGCAUCCUGACAACCUCCAAGGAACAGCAGGACGACAUCCAAACGCGACUCAGCGCUGCGAACAAGGAGAACAAGUCACUGAAGCGGCAGCUGGCGCUUCUGGAGGGAGGCACAUCAUCUGCGCUAGGGGAGCUGUCACGCGAGAGGGACGAGGCGGUCGAGGCAUCCGCCGACGUGAAGAAGCGGUUGGAGGCAGUGCAAAAGAAACUGCGCAGCCAGGAAGAUAACUCGGAGAGGGUUCAUGAACUCUGGGCUCGCGACAAGGACACCUGGGACGAGGAGCGGCGGAAGUUUGAGCGCAAAGUCCACAUCGCCGAGAGUCGGCUCAAGUUGGUGCUGGAAGAGGUCGCCGCGUUUCAGGCGGCUCAUGCCAACGGCGCUGCACAGAACACAGCGCAAGGCCAUGAAAGCGAGGCGGAGGAGAGCGCUAAGGAGAAUGAUGGGGCUAGUGUGCGAUCGAUGAGCAUGACUAACAGCAUCCGCUUCUCCAUGACGCAUGCCCGCACCGCAUCAGGCAAGGCUGGCGGCGCGACGCUGGCCGAUGAGCUUGAUUUCGACGAGGAGGAUGACGACUUCAGUGAGCACGGCGGCCGCGAGAGUGUACAGUCUCGUCGCACGAGUCACGGUCGACACACGCGCACCUUCAGCCGAGACAGUGUAGCGAGCAGGACGCACCGCAGGAACCAGAGCCUGGAGAGUCUGAGGAGGCCGGCCAGUGGCCGGGGGAAGCUCUUUAUGAACCAGGCCGUUCUCGAGGCUCUGGAGGGCGAAGAUGAGGAGAGUGCGCCCACAGCGCCUCGAGUAUCGUAUGUCGACACCGGGGUUCAGUUUACGCCGCCUCCGUCGCCAAGGAUGGGUGCAGUAACGCCCGAGAUAGCCAUCACCGAGGCCAAGAUGGGUCUUGAAGGCGACUCGCCGCCUGCCUCAUCAGCGUCAUCAGGGCCGGAGAUUGAAGCGAAUUCAAGGAGGAAGCGCACUCAGAUCAGCUCCCCUGCAGUGCCUGUGCUCAAGGUCGAGGCCAUGGUAUCCUCGUCUUCGCAGACUGUUGAGGAGCCGCUGAGCCCUCCCAGGACGCCCACGACGCGAGCUGAAACACCGCCCCCCGAAAUCAGGCUGCCGACCAUGGCGACCUCAUCCACCCAAACGGAAGAGGCGCCCGCCAUGCACAAGGGUCGCCUGUCGCCCUCGCCCUCAUCUGAACCGCCACUGGUCCCGAGCAUCAGCAUCCAACCACCGACCAGCCGGCCGACGACCCCCAAGGAGCCAAGGUUGCCGCCGCACUUCAAGCACUUUGGCUGCCAAGUGAACAUUCUGGCCUCACCGGCGGACAGCAACGAUGCAGGUGUCCAGACGGAGGGCAUACAGGUGGACAAGCGAAUUGCUCGCCUGCCGCCUCACCUGCAGCCCUCUCACAUCUCCUCCAGGCCGAGCUCACCCAAACCAGCUCCCACGGGCGCAGACAUGGACAAGAGCUUCACACCACUGCCGGGGAACCUGCCACCACGGAACCCUCGCCGAGUGCAGGACACACCCCAGAUGGAGAUUCCCUCGUCACCGCUGUUCUCGCCGGACCAUGACGAGCUUCACGAUGCAUACCCCGGGAACAACGACGACGGGCCGCUGUCCGCCGAGAAGGAGGCGCCCAUCAAGCGACCGCACAGGUUCAGCAGCCUCUUUGCCGGCUUUGACACGGCGAGCUCGGAGGAGGAGGACUUUGAGGACGACGAUGCGAGUGACACGGAGUACAGGACGGCGCUCACCGCGCCACGACCGCAGUCCAUUUCCAGCAAGGCUGGUCGUCAGACCCCCUCGGAGGCGGGGACCACGUCACCCGCGUCCAAGAGGCGGAGCAACCGAAGCACGCUGAACAGCAUGAAGCCCCUGGGCACGCAUGUGUACAACUCGUUCAGCCUGGCGGACAAGGAGGGGGAGCAGCGGCUGGGCAAGUCUCCCGUGAGGUACGAGAAGCCAGCAGCGACGAUCUUGCCAGGACCCGGGAACCGCGCCGGCGUCAUGCGUAAGGCAGCCAUGAUCCAGAGCGGGAUCGCGACCCAUGGGAGCCGGUCGAGGAGCCCAAGCCUCCCCGAGGCCCGCAACCCGCCCUUUCCCAUCCCGCAGCGCACGACAUCGAGGAAGAUCAGCGCAAGCGCCCCGCCGAGCGAGGGGCAGAGGUCGCCCACGCGGCUGGAUGGGUGGAGGAGGCCGCCGCGGACGGGGGCGUACCGAACCAACAAUAUCCGCAAGACGCGGUCGGCGGUCGCGCUCCCCCGUCACCAGCGACACAGGCAGGGAAGCCGCUCGCCGCCGCCGCUGUCCCCGUCGACGGAAGCGGCGGAGAGCCCAGGGCUGCCACCGCUGCCCCGGAACGACAUUACGACGCCGCGGCAUCGUGGGCGCGGCAGCAGCAGCGCGUACCGACGGCACAAGUACCAGCCGUCCACCAACACGGAAAGGACGACGAACACGCAGCAAACGCAGAACACACUGCAAACCAACAUUACGGACCCGGCGUCGGUGGCGAGCGCCGGACAUACGACGGGCGUUGUGGACGCCAUUGCGCAGACCAUGAUUGGCGAGUGGAUGUUCAAGUAUGUGCGGCGCAGAAAGUCGUUUACCGUGCCGGAGUCGGGUGGGAAGGACGAUGUCGGCAACGACCGCCACAAGAGGUGGGUUUGGCUGGCGCCGUACGAGCGCUCGAUCCUGUGGAGUAGUAAGCAGCCGGCCUCGGGCAGCGCCUUGAUGGGCAAGACGGGACGCAAACUGGUGAUCCAGUCGGUGCUAGACGUCAAGGACGAGAACCCGGUACCCAAGGGCGAGACGGGGACGGUAUUCAACCGGUCGAUCCUGAUCCUGACACCGCAGCGGGCGCUCAAGUUCACGGCCACGUCGGCGGAGCGGCACUAUGUGUGGCUCACAGCGUUGUCAUUCCUGGCGCACUCGCAGCAGGCGGUGCCAGAGAUUGUGCACGCGCCGGAGCAGCAUCUGAAGCCCCAGCCGAUGCCAGACUACGCGCCGCCGCCGCCGCCAGCGGCCAAGAUCAAAAGGGGCGGUAUACGAGACUCGAUCCGGCUGGCCAAGGGCAGGGCGAUGCCGGCCAAGGCAGCGGCGGCGCCGAGCGUACCAAGCCUACCCAGCGCGCCCGCCCCUCAAGCGGACGAUGCGACGACGAGCUUCGGGAUCCCCGAGUAUGCGAUGGGCGCCGUGUCGAGCAACCACGCGCGUGAGCAGUCGGAGGAUGCCGCAGAGCCGCCUCUGAUCCCGCGGUUCCACGACCGCGGACCGCCCCCGGCGCACGGCAGGAAGAGGAGCAACACGGGGGGACUAGGGGGGCCCCCUCUGUCGUUCCGGGGCUUCUCGGGGCCGACGAGCACGGGGAGUGGACACAACCCGACGAGCAGCACGGCGGGGGACAGCAUCAACACGGCUGGCUCGUCAGACUACUACAACCAGUCGCAGGGGUCGGGGAACACGGGCUGGGGGAUGAGCCAGACGGCGUCGCAGAGGACGUCGGAGGCGUCGUCGCGGCCGAGCAACUUCUUUGACGCGAUCGGGACGGUGCGGAUGGAGGCGUUUAUCAGCCCGCUCUCGCUGCAGCAGUUCAGCGAGCACCCGGACGAGGAGGACGAGUUCCGUCCGGUGAUGCGGCGGCGGAGUCGGGAGGUGAGGCGGAGGCAGAGCCGGCGCAGCAGCCGGGCCAAGGACAGCUGGGGGGGUUACGGCCGCGGGUCGGACGAUCGGUACACGGGGAGCAGGACGGCGGGGGAGGAGGACUACUUUAGGGAUGAUCCUUUCAGAGGGUUCUAG